UGAAAUAAUUUGUAAUUAAUGACAUUUUAUGGACAAAGCAACACAAUUAUAAAAACAAAACAGGUGUCUAUGUUCUUCCCUGUCCCCUUUCAUCAAUAGGAAACAGAACCUAAAUCAGUGGUCACUGAAUAACAGUCAGACUUAUGUACCAGAUGCGAAGCUAGGACAUACUCCCACAUACAUUUGUUUGAAUACCGCUCUACAAAUGUCUAUCAAGAUCGUUACGCAGAUUAUAUGUGUGGCACAUAUAGUAACAUCCACCCAAGCUUCACCGUGUGUGAGUAACCAACACUGUUCAGACUGUACAGACCACGGUAUAUGCCUCACAGAGUGUGAGCAGGGAUAUUUUGAUAAAUACUGUAGCAGCAGAUGCAGCAGGAACUGCCAGAAUCACACGUGUAAAGCAACAAGUACUGGGAUCGGGAGAUGCACGAAGGGUUGUAUACCGGGGUUUCGAGGUGAUAACUGUAAUCGUCCCUGUACAGAACCCGGAAGUAUCUGUAGAAGAUGUCAAGGCCGAUGUGGAGGGAGAUACUGCUACCAGGGAUCGUCCUGUGUGUCAGGAUGCUUUGACUCUUACUACGGCUCGUCCUGCAGGAACUGCUCCAGCAGAUGCAAGACCUGCAACAGGAUAACAGGGACGUGUGCAGAAUGCCAUCCAUCGUAUCUGAGAUGUGAGGACUCUUGUAAACACUGCUUAGGUCCAUGUGAAGCGAAAUGUGUGAAGGAAUGUCCAUCAAGCCUGAAUCAGAGCAUCUGUGGCAAGGAAUGCCACAAUCUCGGCAAGAUCUGCAUCAACGGUUGCACUCAUGGCUGGUAUGGUGCCGAGUGUUCAUCUCAGUGCACUCAGUGUCAUGGAACGAGAUGCAGUAAUACGGGUGCAUGUUUAGAUGGUUGUAAUUCUGGAUACUUUGGUCUUUAUUGCACAUCGUGCCCCAUCAAUUGUGCAGGUGGUACUUGUGACUCGCAGAACGGAUCUUGUGUCAAUGGAUGCAUCACAGGAUAUUAUGGAGACAAGUGUGGCCACUCCUGCGACACUUGCACCGAUGGUGUUUGUGAUCAGACCGGAGACUGCCCAGAGGCAUACAUCUUAGAGUCAUGUACUACAGACGAUGGAAUCAACAGCCCCAAACCAGAAAUGAAGUCAUCAGGAUAUUUGGUGUUUCUCAUCACGUCUCUCCUGAUUUUACAAACCAUCUUGAUGUCAAUGUGCGUGUGUUACUUCUGUUACCGCAAGGGGAUGUCAGCACGAAGAGAAAGUCGAACAGAAAGCAUUCGCCUUGCUACAAUAUCGCCCCAAGAACCUGAGGCCCGUGCCGUGGACUACCAGCCAUUGCACAGAUACUAUGAGAUCAGACAUGGACAGACUGGAGUGUGUGGCUCCAUCUCAAAGACCGGCCGAUCCUGAAGGAGACAUGGACAGACUGGAGUGUGUGGCUCCACCCCAGAGAUCGACAGACCCCGAAGGAGCCAUGCACAGACAGGAGUGUGUGGCUCCAUCUCAGAGACCGGCAGACACUGAAGGAGGUUUGGACAGACUGGAGUGUGUGGCUCCACCUCAGAGACCGGCAGACCCUGAAGGAGCCAUGGACAGACUGGAGUGUGUGGCUCCACCCCAGAGACCGGCAGACCCUGAAGGAGGUAUGGACAGACUGGAAUGUGUGGCUCCACCUCAGAGACCGGCAGACCCUGAAGGAGGCAUGGACAGACUGGAGUGUGUGGCUCCACCUCAGAGACCGGCAGACCCUGAAGGAGGUAUGGACAGACUGGAAUGUGUGGCUCCACCUCAGAGACCGGCAGACCCUGAAGGAGGUAUGGACAGACUGAGGUGUGUGGCUCCACCUCAGAGACCGACAGACCCUGAAGGAAACAUUGGACACAUGGCUGUCUUGUCUGACAUCUUUCAACCAGCAGCUGACACAGAUGAUGGAACUGAUGCGGCAUCUGGCAGUUACACCAGAGACUCGCACACAUACACGCACCUGAUGAAGAGCGUCCCUGUUGACGAUCAAGCAAACUACAUCUCACCAACUGAAAGCGAAAGAGACCAAUAG